AUGGAUGGCAGUCACUGCAAAGUUACUGCUCCUCUCCUGACUCAGAGACGCCGGAGGAUGGUUACCAAGGAUGGUCACAGCACGCUUCAAAUGGAUGGCGUGCAAACAGGUCUUGCGUAUGUGCAAACAGGUCUUGCGUAUCUUCGAGACGCCUGGGGAACCCUAAUGGACAUGUGCUGGCGCUGGAUGAUGCUGGUCUUCUCCGCCUCUUUUGUUAUCCACUGGCUUGUCUUUGCAGUGCACUGGUAUGUUCUGGCUGAGAUGAAUGGUGACCUGGGACUAGAUCAUGACGCCCCACCCGAAAACCACACUAUCUGUGUCAAGUACAUCACCAGUUUCGCAGCGGCAUUCUCCUUCUCCCUGGAGACACAGCUCACCAUUGGUUACGGCACCAUGUUCCCCAGCGGUGACUGUCCAAGUGCAAUCGCCCUGCUUGCCAUACAAAUGCUCCUAGGCCUCAUGCUAGAGGCUUUUAUCACAGGUGCCUUUGUGGCGAAGAUUGCCCGGCCAAAAAAUCGAGCUUUCUCAAUUCGCUUUACUGACUUAGCAGUAGUAGCUCACAUAGAUGGCAAACCUAAUCUCAUUUUCCAAGUGGCCAACACCCGACCUAGCCCUCUAACCAAUGUUCGGGUCUCAGCUGUACUCUAUCAGGAACGAGAAAAUGGCAAACUCUACCAGACCAGUGUGGACUUCCACCUUGACGGCAUCAGUUCUGAGGAGUGUCCAUUCUUUAUCUUUCCACUCACCUACUACCACUCUAUUACACCAUCAAGUCCUCUGGCUACUCUGCUCCAGCAUGAAAAUCCUCCCCACUUUGAAUUAGUCGUGUUCCUUUCAGCAACGCAGGAAGGCACUGGAGAAACGUGCCAGAGGAGGACAUCCUACCUGCCCGCCGAGAUCAUGUUACAUCACUGUUUUGCAUCUCUGUUGACCCGAGGCUCCAACGGGGAAUAUCAAAUCAAGAUGGAGAAUUUUGACAAGACUAUUCCUGAAUUUCAAACUCCUCUCGUCUCCAAGAGCCCAAACAGGACUGACCUGGACAUCCACAUCAAUUGA